UAUGAAUGAUAAUUUGCGUGGGUUGACGCAUGUCUGAGUUGAGAUGAACUCCAGGCGGCAGAACAUUCACUUAUGUUUUCCAUUCACACGUGCUAUGGUUUCACUCAUAACGAGCUGUCAACAUAACGAUUUCAACACAGAAUAGAAUUAGAAAAACCUGCUGCACACCAAUUCUGUUUUAAGUCCCAUCAGAAGCAUGAAUUACGCUCGCUUUCUGACAGCUGUGAGCGCGGCGAGAAGACCGUCCCCUAUUCGCAUACUGACGGAGCUUCAGCAGCGAUCUCCCCCGUCUCUGAUCUCUCUGGCCGGAGGAGCUCCCAAUCCCAACACCUUCCCGUUCCAGUCGGCUACCAUUAAAGUGAAGGGAGGCGAAGCGCUGGUGCUGGACGAGCCGCUGAUGAAGAGAGCGCUACAGUACUCCGGCUCAUACGGUAUUCCUGAGCUGCUCUCGUGGAUGAAGGAUCUUCAGAAAAGCCUCCACAAUCCUCCCACCGCCGGCUUCAGUCCGGAGAGAGGACAGAUGGAGAUGUGUGUCACCACCGGCAGUCAGGAGGGGCUCUGCAAAAUCUUUGAGAUGCUGGUCAGUUCUGGAGACAACGUCCUCCUCGACGCUCCCACAUACUCAGGAACGCUGGCGGCCCUGCAGCCGCUGGGCUGUAACCUCAUUAACGUGCCGAGCGAUCAUCACGGGAUGAUCCCUGCAGACCUGAGGAAGAUUCUGGGGCAGUGGGACCCCGCAGAGGCACAGAAACCAGGAAGCAGCAUCCCGAGAGUCCUGUACACCAUCCCGAAUGGAGGCAAUCCCACUGGAGCGUCCAUGACCCAUGAGAGGAAACAGGAAGUCUAUGAGCUUGCCAGGAAAUAUGAUUUUCUUAUCAUUGAAGAUGACCCAUACUAUUUCCUGCAGUUCCAAAAACCGUGGGCUCCGACGUUUCUGUCCAUGGACGUAGACGGCCGCGUCCUACGAACGGAUUCCUUCUCUAAGAUCCUGUCGUCGGGCUUGCGGAUAGGGUUCGUCACCGGACCGAAGCCGCUGGUGGAGCGAGUGGUGCUGCACAUCCAGGCCUCCACGAUGCACACCAGCACCUUCACACAGCUCAUGGUCUCGCAGCUGCUUCAUAACUGGGGUCCAGGUGGUUUUCUCAAGCACAUUGACGGGGUGAUUGACUUUUACAGAUCUCAGAGGAACAGCAUGCUCUCCUCCGCAGACAAAUGGCUCAAAGAUGUAGCUGAAUGGCAUCCUCCCAUGGCCGGCAUGUUCCUGUGGAUUAAACUCAAGGGCAUUAAAGACACGCAGCAGCUGAUAAUGGAGAGAGCGUUAGAGAAAGAGGUUCUUCUGGUUCCUGGAGGAGUUUUCAACAUCAACAGCUCAGAUCCGUGUCCGUACGUUAGAGCCGCCUUUUCUCUCUCCACUCCUCAACAGAUCGAUGAGGCUUUUAGGAGACUCGCUGAUCUCAUCAAGGAAGCCAUGUGAGCGGCUGAUUCCCAGGAAGAGGAAUCAAGGGGCUGAAAUCUAUUAAAUGCGGCUGUCGCAUGCCACAUAUACACAAUGUCCCACUUUUAUUUCCACCUUUCAGAUGAACAAACGUGAAACUGACACCUUUCUGAUGUCCUGUGUGGUUUUAAAACUGGUUUAAUGUGUAAAAUGUUUAACCAGAAGAAGCCCACGGUCAGGUGAAUGUUUUUUUUAUUGCAAUAGUCUUUUACUUUAUAAAUCUUUAAUGGUGAAUUGUGAAGGUUAAAGCCGUUGAUUUGUGAAUUUCUUAAUAAUGACUAGUUAGCUGCUAGUAACUCGAGCCGUUCUGGGAUGCGUUUCCCAAAAACAUACUUUGUUGGUUGCAAUGCAAUUUCCCAUUGCCAACCAACUAAGUUCCUAACAGAUUAGCAACUGUGGUUUUGGGAAAUGCACCCCUGAACACAAACGAGUUGUAUCUGUAUUGGUACGUUGCAGUAGACUAAUGGACUCUAAUGACUCUAAUGAUCAGUUUUUUCAUAUUAUGAAAAGUUGUGGGAAUGCAACAGUUGAUUUUUUUUUUUUCUCUCACUGUUUGAGCAAAUGGUAAAGAAAAAUUGUAUUUGCAAUGGUCUUCCAUAUACACCAGAAGUUUACCCUGCAAGUUUACUUCUGCUUGCCAGAAAUCUGACAACAGUCCAUGCGGGUCACCCAUUUGAUACUUAUUAACCCAUAUUUACGAAUGUAGUCCAUCAGACUUGUGUGUCAUAGUGCAUGUUGGUCCUUUUAGACACAAAAUGGUUGAAUAAAUAAAUAAAUUAGCUCUA